AUGAAUUCGCUACCCUCUGAAAUCCUACAGGACAAUGUCUAUGGUAUUCUAAACGCUGCCGAUCGCCAUCAAUUGGCAAUGGCCAUACCGCGGUCGUCUAAACACUUGCAUGGCGACGAAGGUGCACUUGAUGAGUUUGUUCGUACCGGUGGUUCGUCGGACGUCCGGUUCUCGCGUCCAUUCGCUCUCACACACAUUGUGUACGAGCUACGCCAUGUAAUCAAGGACCGGGGACUUCUAGCCAAGUACUUGAGCUCACACCCGGCCCCGGUGAUGAUGGAAGAACAUCAUGGAAACUUGGAAGAUACGACGCUCGCCUUCCCCCAGUACAUUCAAGUUUCUGAACCCACCCGUCUCUCGAGAUCUAAGACUUGUAACCCCGUCUACUUGGACAAGGUUCUUCAGAACAACUCGGUGCGACACGUUAACAGCUACGCAUUUACUGAGGACCUCACCCGUUAUAUAUCGGGUGUAGACAGCAUUGAGUCCCUUACGUUUAUAUUCAAAGUAAGUAAUAUGCACUUGUUGUCCAAAUUCACUCAGUUGAGGUUCCUCUCAGUGUGUCAGAAUGGGCACGAUUUGGAACAGCUGCCAUCGUCCGUCUUAUUCCUCCAAGUACCGGAACUACCGGAUCGCGUUCCUCAAAACGCCACCAACCUCCGACUUGUCGAGACCCACGAACCGGUUGAUACGAGCACCCAAGCCGUGUGGCGCCGAGUGUGCCCCGACAUUAAGUUUGUGGUUAGACAGGUAUUUGAAGUGGAUGGGCACGAAACAGUGAUUCUCGACAGUAACGUCGAUUGGUACCAACACUCGGAGUUUAAGCGCACGGUAAUGAAAGAUCUCAAGUUCCCCCUCCACUUUAGAUUUUGACCAAGAGAGAGCACAGGGGUUUGUUAGCGAUUAGCACAUUAGCGUCUGAUCUACACCGAGAGUAUAUAUUGUUGUAAAUAAAAGUUAUUUAAAC